AUGUCCCUUGACGUCCCUCAUGAAGCAGCUGCCUCAAGUACGUCGAGCAUCGCUCCUUCUUCCGAAAAUGACAUUACCACCGCGGUAAAUGCCUUGAAGAGUAUCAAGCCUACGACAUGGCAAGCGUACAAGGACGAACUUGUUCAGGCCGGCGUACUCCAGCUUCUACGCUUUCAGCUUAAGGAAAUUGAUGUAGCUGUCAACCCUCAAGAUCUGUUCCGCAGAGCACAGGGCUUUCAGACCAUUCUUCAGGCUAUUCAGAAUUUGGUAGAAACAUGGCAGCAGUCAUCGCGGUUGUCAGAAUCCAGAGAGCUGAUUCAGGUUUUGGCUCAACUUCUUCUGGUUCUCGAAUCAGCCUUGGUUCACCAUUCCGGGAAUAACAGAUACUUUCGAACAAGAAUUGAAGGCAAUGGCUGGAUGGUACUUGAGCGGAUCCUUUCCACCUUGCUGAAUGUAUUCAUAAAGAGUGAGGCAGACAACAACGUUUUGGAACAGUUGUACGGCGUGCUCUUUGCAACCGCAAUGAACGACGAGGCAGUAGCAUCGAUUUACACCCACGUUGCUAAAGCCUGCCCUCCACCCGAACGCAGCUGGGACCUCAAGAACGCAGCCACAAUCGAGACACACGUAACGAAGUACCUGAGUGAAAUUACUGAUGUCGCGUUGCCAGACAUGCUCUCCAUCAUGACCAAGACCUGGACUGAAUAUAUGCAAAAGGCAGGGCAAUCCAUACAGACCAUCAAUCUAGCCUUGCCUAUCAGUGUCAAGGUUGUGAUGGAGAGUUCGAGACAAAACGUUGUUGAAGCGCAUACUGCUGGCCUGCUCAGCGCUAUCAUGCCUCUACUGUUCGAUGGUCAGCAUACACUCGUCGAGAAAUCUGUCUAUCGUGAAGUAGCCCUCCUGCUCUUUCAGCAAGGCGUUGCCAACCUUGACGAUGCUCACUAUCUCUUCUCAAAGGCUGCUACAUCGGUGGCCGCCGCUUCCUUCUUGCUCGAUGCCAUUCGCGCUUCCCGCCAGCCUGCUAGCAUUCAGUUCGACCUCUCCCGAUAUGGGUCCUCGUCCGUCGAGCUACCGAACCUGCGAAAGACCUUUCCACCUCUUCACUCGGACGGCUACUCCCUGGCCUUAUGGGUUCGUUUCGACAACUUCGAUUCGGCUGCUCACACCACUCUUUUUGGAGCCUGCGAUAAGACUCAGACUUGCUUCGUCCUUGCCUAUCUUGAAAAGGACUCGCAUCAUCUAAUCCUGCAAACUGCCGUCAAAGGUUCUCGUCCGAGCGUGAGGUUCAGAUCUGUCAAGUUUGAGAAAGAGAGGUGGUACCACAUAUGCAUCGUGCACAAAAAGCCACGCACGACCAGCUCUUCAAAAGCAUCUCUAUUUGUGGAUGGUUUAUUCGUCGAACAAACCAAGGCCAACUUUCCUGCGACACCACCAUUAGAUCGUGCGGUUGGUCCGAAAGUGCAGGCCUUCUUAGGAACGCCACAAGAUCUCGCACCAAACACUGAUGGUACCUGUACAACUUUGUGGUCGCUAGCAUCUGCAAUCCUCUUCGACGUCACGCUAAAUGAAGAUAUCAUCGCAGUCAUGUACCACCUUACUCCGCACUACCACGGCAAUUUACAGGACUGCCUUGGCUCGUUUCAGACUUACUCUGCCUCAGCUGCAUUGAACUUCAGGAACGAAACGCUCAACGCGGGCAACGAAAACUCGUCCCAGUUGUAUAUUGCAAUUCGAUCCAAGGGCAGUGGCGUCAUUCAGGAGGAUUCGAUCUUGCUGAACAUCUCUCCUGCGGCGGUACUUGAUAGUGAUGACCGCAACAAUAUCGAUGAAAGCCAGUUGAUAAAAUCUCUGUCAAAAGUCGCUGCCAAAAACCUCUUUUCAUAUACACGAUCUGGAGCAAACGCCAUCGCGAUCAACGGAGCUGUCCCAGCUAUCAACGAUGCACUGGUCCAGGCUAAUGGCGUGGCCAUGCUGAUGGGUGAGCCAGUCGUCACUGUGCCUCAGUCCUUGGACGAAGUCUCAUGGAGACUAGGAGGCUGCGCAGCAAUCGGACUAGCCUUGGUUAGUAAAGCUCGUACCACCGAAGAAGUCGCCAUUGCGGUUGAUAUUCUACUGGACACGAUCAAGUACAGCUGGCGGAACAGCGAGGUCAUGGAACGCAACAGUGGCUACAAUGUUCUUAGCAGCUUGAUCAAGGACAAGCUGACCAUACCUUCGAGUGUGAAUAAUCAGAAGGCUGGUUUGGCAAUCGCCACUCCGACGCUUGAUCGAAGUGGCCUUGCUCUUAGGUUGCUCAGAUCAAUACUCUCGUUCCUCGGAUACGAUAGUAAUGACCCUUCAAGGUCCAUGAUCAACAAUCCUCUGGCCUACAAAAUCUUGCUGAUAGACAACAGCGUGUGGCGGCUGCACCAUUUCGAAACACAAGAGCUCUACUUCAAGCAGUUUCUCGCCUUUGCCAAGGACAGUGUACACGUAAAGUUCAACCUCAAGCGCUUAACUAGGAUGCGAGCAUUGAGACGAUUGCUCGAAGCACUGAAGUCAGAGAACGUGUCGAGAAUGACUAUGCCAUCCUAUAGCGCGGCCCUGUCAGCACUUCUUCCUACUGCUACCAAUGCAGAGAUGCUGCGGUCGAUGGCCCUUUUCAUCACGUUUUCGGUACACAAAUACAACAACACAGCCAGACCGCGAAAAGCAGCACGUUCAAGAGCAUCUUCUGGCGCUGGCUCAAUGACGCCUUCGUCAGGAGAGAGUACAAAUCUUUCUCAGUUUGAGAUCGGUGUCGAAGUCCUUCGUCUAUACUCAGAGAUGCUAUGUAGAAAGGAUGACUUGGUGUUGAUCAAGAAAUUUGCACGAACAGUCACAAACAAAUGGCUGUUGUAUUUAUUGUCCGAAACUUCCCCGGAGGUUGUCGUGCUGUCAAUGCGCAUCCUCGCGCGACUGCUAGUGGUGCAUGGCCAAUCAUACGUUAAGAAGUUCAAGGACAAAACUGGUGGCUUCGAAAUUAUGGGACAUCGCCUGAAAAGAUGGUGGCACUUACCAGCACUUUGGCCGACCUGUUUCGCGAUACUUUUUGACGUUGAUGUGGCAGAACUCGAUUUGGAUCGAUCCUUCGAUUUAUUCUCAUUUGUCGAUUUGUUCAAUUCGAAGAAAGAAUACGGUAUUGUCUAUCCUGAGAUGUUCGAAGUCAUCUCUGGCAUGUUGCAAUCGGGUCUCAAAACAAUUGUCUCGUCUAAGCAGCACCAGACUGGGUUGCAGGUACAGACCACAACGCCAGUCUCUAGCUCCCCAGAAAGACUGUCUAUGUCGACCAUGGCACCUCCGAACCCACUGUUGACCUUGGCUACACCACAGAACGCCGAGACAUUUAAUACCAUCAUCAGGUUUCUCUCAGAUCUACAAACAAGAUCUGCAAAAUUUCGUGGAUAUGCUGCUUCCUCGUCUUAUGUGCAAGAGCUGUUGUUCGUCCUUUUCCCUGUGGUCGUUGGUGCAGACAUCGUCGAUGCAUCGGUUGAGCUUGAUGCAAGAGAUUCAAUGUUGUCCUUUGACGGCACCGACGUUGUAGUCCACCCUCUCUCUGCACGACCUCCUAUCAUCCGAGCAGCACGCAAGGAAGUUCCUGAAAGACCAGGUCGUGGUAAAGCUCUUCGCCGCGGUUCGUCCUUCGUCAUUGUCUCUCGCGACGCCAAUAGUGGCGAUACCACUUCGGAUGUUGCAGUAGUGGAUGGAAAGCUACUCGAGUCGACGCAAGCUGCUGAGAAUAACGUCAAGCAUGCCAUUGUGCAAGGUGUCCUAGAGGUUGUCAUCUCCUUAUACGUUGACCAAAUCCUGGCCCGUAAGGACUUUGCUGGUCUGGGACUCUUCCUCAAAACUCCACCUGGCUUCAUCGAGCAUCAGACCUUCUUCGAGUCCUGGGUAUUACGCAAUACAAUCUCACAACUAUCGAACACAAUCGCCCUGGAUCAAUCACUUCUUUGUGAACCAAAGGUGCUCACCAAUUUGGCGCGCUUCUUAACACAUCUCGGUGACGCAAUAUUCGAGGGAUGGUUUAUAGGAGGAGCCGAACCUGUGAUCGAUCUUGCAUCUACCAUACUCGAAUAUUUGCAACGCAAUGACGUGUCGCAGCUCAAGAGCGUGAGACUUUGCGCCCAGCCAAUCUCUGUCAUACGUGCUGUGGUCUUCAGAGUCGAGCUUCUGAGCUUGUCGCACGUGAGUGUCAAUGAGACUUUAGCCUGCCUGAAGAAGCUUGCAUAUUGGCAAACCGUGCUGCUGGCAUCUGAAGAGGCGCAGUCAAUGUAUUUGCAAUUGCUGUGUUAUCUUUUGUAUGGAAGCCUAAUAUCGGAUGAUCCUGCUGUUCGCGUGAUUGCUGCUGAUCUGUGGCGCACCAUCCUGGUACAAAAGCCAUCGGAGACUGCCGCCAUACUUGGACAAGCUGGAACAACGGACCAAAAACAGUUGGCUGGCAGCUUCAAAAAGCUAGCAGAAUUGGAUAACGAGACUUUUCUGUCCUGGGUUGAUGAUCAUAGGACUGAGCUUGAUUCACUGUUCUUCAACACCUUGUCAAAGUCAUGGGAUGCCUUUGUGAGCGAGGAGAACGAGAAGACGGAAGAGUCUAUUAGGGCUCGUGUCAAUCGUCGCAGAGAGAAGCUCAAAGGAUGGGCUAAGACAGAAACAGACCGAGAGCAGCUGCUUCAUCGUCAUGAUGUAGCGUUUGACCAUUGGACAACCAAUAUUCAUUCGUCCGAGACCUUGAAGCACCAGAGGCUUGUUCAGGACUCUACAGAUGAUCUCGUCUUUACCAAUGCUAUGUUUUCGCGCAUGCAGAAAGAGCUUGCACGCUCCACAGAUCUGUUCGCGGAGGGCAAAUCUCGAAAGUGGCGCGUCGACCAGACAGAGGGACGCAAUCGAAUGCGCAUGCGUCUGGUCGAGGAUUUCACGCUUCCAGAUGAUGCGCAACAGCCAAGACGAAAGGGCUCCGACUUACCAGCUCUACGCCUUGACACAAGAGGAACGCGAUCCUCUAGUACGGAAUCAAGCGGUCUUACACCAGGUGGCGCUGAGUUGCCUGUUGUCGACUCACCGAUCCCUAAUGAACAGGCUUCUACCAGCGAACCCUUCCCUAGCAUCGAAAGAUCAGAAACGCUGGACAACAUGGAGGCAGAAGAAAGUUUCGAGCUAGUAGAGGAUCCUAAUGCCGGACAAGAAGAAUUCGAAGACAAAAACCGCAAAGUCAUGCGAAGUCUGCAUCGUGGCGACCAGGUUAAGCACGUUGUUAACAUAUCACGAGUAGCUGGUCUUGAAGCGAUUGAAGGACUCUUGAUACUCGGGAAAGAAUACAUCUACUUAGUAGAUGGCUUCUUUCAACGUGCGGAUGGCGAGAUCGUUCAUGUGUGGCAGGCUCCAGCUGAGGAGCGUGACCCCUAUGUCAGCAUGAUCUCAGGCCGAGCUGUAUCCGUGCAAAAGGAUACAUCUAAGGAUAAUAACCACGAGGUUCGAAGCUGGAAAUGGUCGGACGUCAUCAGCAUAUCAAAACGCAGGUUUCUUUUCCGCGACGUGGCCAUCGAAAUCUUCUUUGGCGACGGUCGCAGCUACCUGUUUACUCUUCUCAGUCUCAAGAUUCGAAACGAUCUGUUCUCUUUGAUUAGCAGCAAAGCACCACAGUACGGUAACGCUGACUCGCCCCAGUCUGAGGUAGCCUGGAGAUAUGACUCUCUCAAGAGCGCUGAGGAAGAACCGCAAACAUUCGGCGCACGUUUCACCAGUGUGUUCGCACAGUCGCCGACCUUAACCGCAACUAAGAAAUGGCAGAAAGGUGAGAUGUCCAACUUCCACUAUCUAAUGCUUAUCAACACCCUGGCUGGAAGAACGUAUAACGACCUGACUCAGUACCCUGUCUUUCCCUGGGUCAUCGCGGAUUACACAAGUGAGGAGCUUGACCUUGACAAUCCACGAACUUAUCGAGAUCUAUCAAAGCCCAUGGGUUGUCAGCAUCCAGACCGAGAAGCUGAAUUUCGUGAAAGAUAUAAACAAUUUGCAGAAAUGGGUGAUAGUAAUGCGCCUCCUUUCCACUACGGUACCCAUUAUUCUUCUGCAAUGAUCGUCACAUCCUAUCUGAUAAGAUUGCAACCAUUUGUGAAGUCAUACCUCCUGCUUCAAGGAGGAACUUUUGACCACCCAGACAGGAUGUUCUUCACUAUCCAAGGAGCCUGGAAUUCUGCUUCGCAGACCAACAUGACUGACGUACGCGAAUUGACGCCAGAGUUCUUCUACCUUCCGGAGUUCUUGACAAACCCAAACGACUACGAUUUUGGUACGCGGCAGAACAGUACUAAGUCUAUCGGCAACGUUACGUUGCCACCAUGGGCUAAGGGCGAUCCAAAGAUCUUCAUCGCAAAAAACAGGCAAGCGCUUGAGAGUCCUUACGUGAGCAAGCAUUUACACAAAUGGAUCGACCUUAUCUUCGGUUGUAAGCAGAAAGGUGAUGCAGCUGUCGAUGCUGUCAAUGUGUUCCAUCACCUCUCGUAUCAAGGCGCAAGGGAUCUUGAUGCUAUUGUUGAUCCUGUUGAGCGGCUUGCAACUAUCGGCAUUAUCCACAACUUCGGACAAACACCAUUCCAGGUCUUCCAGAGAGCUCACCCUCAGAGAGAAAACGUCAAGCACAAAUACAAACGUCUAGACAGUGCAGCAGAAUCCCUGACUAGAAUACCUGGCAUGUUGCUCGACAGCGAAGAGCGAGUGGCAUCUUUGACGUAUGCCGUCAAGGCUGAUAGGUUGCUGUGCUCGGGCGCUUUCAGGCUCAACAUACCACCAACCUAUGAUAAAUACAUGGAAUGGGGUUUCUCGGAUAACUCGAUUCGUUUUUAUGUGUCUGAGACCCGAAAACUGAUAGGAAUUUUUGAACAUCUUCAUAUCGGCCAAUUGUCUUGCGCCUUGUUUGCCGACUCAAAGACACUAGUUACUGCCGGUACUGACUGCACCAUCGCAGUGUGGACAGUCACUAGUCCCAACCAUAAGAGCGUUGAUCUCCAGCCCAGGGCGACUUUGUUCGGCCACAGAUCAAUAGUCACGACUUUGGUGUUGUCACGGUCGUUCAAUGCAUUACUCUCGUGUUCCUCUGGUGGUGAAUUAUUGCUUUGGGACCUCAAUAGAAACCCCACGGCGCGCCAACGUUGA